AGUCUAAUAAUCGCAGAGCAGAUCGUAAAUUUUCUCCAGAAGUCUCCAGAAUAUUCAAUCUAUCGAGUACUUGUUUUCUCUGAGAAAAAAUGGCAACUGAACCCAAACCCGCAACUGAAGACGUGAAGAUCGACUUGUUCGAGGAUGACGAUGAAUUUGAGGAAUUUGAAAUCAAUGAAGAAUGGGAGGACAAGGAGGAAGGGAAGGAAGUGACACAGCAGUGGGAAGAUGAUUGGGAUGAUGAUGAUGUCAAUGAUGACUUCUCUUUGCAGCUGAGAAGGGAACUUGAGAACAAUACUGAGAAGAACUAAGCUGUGAACUUAUCCAGCAACAUUGGCACUCAUUAUUUCCCUUUGCAUUUCGUUCUUGUUUGAAUUCUUGAUCGAUGGGUAGUGUUUUGCUUGCAAAUUAAUGUAUGAGCUAUAACUCUUUAACCUAGAAGCUUGGUCCAAAGUGUUAAUCCUAAAUUCUGAUACUAUAAUAUUCAUGGUUUUGUGAAGUAGACGCCUUUCAGUCAAUGACUUG